UAUCUCUCUCUUUCUUUUUCUUUAUCAAACACACAGGGUCUGCAGCGGCGGGUGAGGAACGUCGUCUGCGCGCGCGCCCGUGCCAACUGUCUGUGUGUUUGAGAGAGUGUGUGUGUGUGCGGUGCGCGCACACAUGUGCCUCUCUCGUUGAUGUGAGAAAUCAAGAGGGACACAUCUCUUAAGCCUCCUUGUGGUGGGAUUUCAAUUUGACGCACUGAACGUAGCGCGCGUCUUCGCUCUCACACACUCUCCCUGCAUGUGUGUGAGUGCGCGUGAGCGUGUCCGCUCGCUGCAGCUCCGGCGUCGGGCAGACCCUCUCACUGCUGCACUUCAGCCAAUGUGGAACAACUCGUCUGCAGCCGGCCGCCUCGCACGGCUCCUAAAGAAGCGGAUAUGCCCCAGUGCCACGGGAGACUGACGCCUUCACUGUCUUCCUCUCCUCCGCUAAUGGUCCUCUCAGGGAGUUAUGGUCAGUAAGGAGGCAGGCCGCUGCACUCUGUCAAGCUCAGAGUCUGACUCGGAGUCCGGCGGCCCUUCGCUGGAGCGGAGCGGAGCAGACGCGGUACGCAAGCGAAACAAAGCCCUGCAGGUGCGUUUUAAAGACAUCUGCGAGGCGCAGAAUGAGGCCGCCCACCGAGGUGCCAGAGACCGCUCUGUUUCCUGCAAGGUCAUCCACCGGAGGUACAUGACCAUGCCGGCGCGCCGCUCCAUCCCGAACGUCACCAAGAGCACGGGUGUGCAAACCUCACCCGAUUUGAAAAAGCGCUACCAGACUUUCCCCUUCGAGCGCAAGAAGGGAAACGUCAUCAAACACACUGCUCUAGUGGAGAACUAUCCGGAUCAAAACAAUGGCUUUUUGAGUGAUGUGAAAGGUGGGGAACAGGGGAUGAGGUAUGAAGGACGGGUGCAGCAGACCCGAGUGCUGCUCCACACUACGCCGCAGUGCAGCGACGCUAAGGACUUGUGUGCUGCGCCGGACUGUUCGGAUGGGAAACUCUGCCCUGAUGUGUCAGACUCGGUUUUGGAUCAGUCAAACUCAAGGAGGGACACCAAUGUCCCAGGGACUGGGGCCAAGCACAAAGGAUUACCUGGGGAAAGUGAGGCAGGGGCAGGCCAGCAUCCCAACUGUGCCUCGUCAACCACGCCGACUCAACCUCUGCAGGUCAGGGGUGACUGUUCAAAGAUUUCCGGCCCUAUUGCAUGGACAUCUUUGACACAAGUGGAAUGCCCGGAGAGUCCCUCAGGGAGCUGCACACGCAAAAAAGACACGGCGCAGCUGAACGGAUUGCAGGCGCAGUCUCAGGCUUUGCCUCAUUCGGCGAGUUGCGCGUCCCAGGCCCACAUACAGGCCCACUGUCACAGUAGCCAACACUUAGGCGCCGCAGAAACCCGGCAGGGCACGCAGGGGCAGCUGAUCGCUCUCCCCGGGGCCGAUGGGAAUGUGAAAGCCAGGCUUCAAGCCAUGGAGGCUCUAAUCAACUCCAGUCAAGAAACCAUCAAAGUGCUGCUGGGGGUCAUUCAGGAGCUGGAAAGAGGAGAAGCACAGCGAGAGGGACUGUCUUAUCGAACUGGGCAGGAUACAGCCAACUGUGACACGUGUCGUAACAGUGCCUGCAUCAUAUACAGUGUGGAACUAGAUUUUAAACUUCAAGAGGACAAACUGCAGCCCUUAAUGAAGAGACUGUGUCCAUUAGAAGAGCCGUCCUACCCCUCUCUGCCUUACACACACGAGGUGUUCACCUCCACACCCAAACGCAAGUCCAAGACUGAGUCCAAGAAGCAUGCGCGAUGGAAACUCUGGUUCCUCUAACGUAUGGAUUUGGGAUCCCUGAAACCAUCACGACGAGCAAAUUCUUGUGGAAUUUUGCUUGACUAAUCAGAUAAUCAUGGAGAAAUGCUCACCCCGCUAGCCACCGUUUUGAAACAUGCAUCAUGGGAUCCACUGAGCGACUGGAUUUUACUAAGGAAUAACAGUUGUUUUCUAAUCAUGACCCUCUGAUGAACCCUCUGAGUUUGGGAACUGCUGAAUUCACCUGAUCUCACGUUUUUCAAUGGGAUUACACAAUGAUCCUUAGGUUUAGUCAAGUUAGCAAGGGACCCUGCAGAGGCGACAAGAAACUUCAAAGCUAAACGCUAGUUUGCCACAAAACUACUUGGGAGCCGUACAUCAAAGACAUCUAAUCAGCAAAGCACAAACUUUUGAAUUAUAAAGUAGAUUUGAUAGCUGAGAUAUACCUCUGUCUCUUUCCCAGUCUCACUUUCUUUUUCUUUCUUUCUUUCUUUCUUUCUUUCUUUCUUGAAGUCUCUCACCUCUUUAGUUUUAAAUGAAAAUUGAUUAUCGUUCUAUGACAGAAUAAAUGAAAUUAAUGAAAUUAAAUUAGUGAGUAAAUGCAGAAUCAGAUGACUGCAUGCACUAAUAAAAUGAUUUUGUAGAAAUAUUUUUCCUGAAAAAUGUUGAGAAUGCACAAUUAGUAUGUCAGAAAUGGUCAGGCUGUGUAUGUAUGAAUGAAAAAGGGUUUACGUGGUGUUCUCAAAAAGUAAAAAUAAUAAUAAUAAUGAUAAUUUAUGAAAAUACAGUGAUUUGUCUUUCAGUUAUAUACAUUUCUGCAUCAAAUAAUGGGCCGUCAAUAUUUCUGGAAUAAGAAACAUAUUUACAGUAAAAUUUUGAUUUGCAGAUGUUCAGGUCCGAAACUGUUUUCUUGGGAAUAUAACACUGUAUUUACAACAUACUGUAAAGCUAGGUCAGUUUUUCAGUAAAUAUAUUUUUCAGACUUGAGAAUUGGCUGGUAUGAAAGCCUGUUCCUGCCACUGAAUAAAAAAAAAAUGUUAUUGCAACUUUUUCUCUCACAAUUUUCUUCUGUGAUAUAAACUCACAAUUGCGAGACUUCUGACUUUUUCUCGCAAUUGCGAGUUUUUCUCACAAUUCUGACUUUUUUCUCAGAAUUUUGAUAAACUUGCAAUUGCAAGAUUUAAAGUCAGAACUGCGAGACAUAAACUUGCAAUUCUGAUAAAUGAAGUCAUAUAAACACAAUUCUGCCUUAUUUUCUCAGAAUUGUGUGAUAAACUCGCAAUUGCGAGUUAUAAAGUCAGUACUGCUGGAUAAAAACUUGCAACUCGUUUUUUUCUCGCAAAUGCGAGUUUGUAUCUCACAAUUCAUACUUCUUCUUGCAAUUGUGACCUUAUAUCUUGAAAUUCUGACGUUUUUCUCGCAAUUAUGACCGUUUUCUCCGAAUUUUGAUGUACAUUUGCAAUUGUGAGUUCUAAAGUCAGAAAUGCGAGACAUAAACUUCUGAUUCUGAGAAAUUAAGUCAGAAUUGUGGGAUAUAAACUCGCAAUUCUGUCUUUUUUCUCAGAAUUGCAUGACCUUGCAAUUGCGAGUUAUAAAGCUAGCAUUUCUAGAUAAAAACUCGCAAUUCAUACUUUUUUCUUGCAAUUGCGAGUUUAUAUCUCACAGUUCUGACUUUUUCUUCUCACAAUUCUAACUUUUUUUUUCUCAGAAUUUUGAAAGAAACUUGCAAUUCUGAGAAAAUUGCAAGUUGUAAAGUCAGAAUUCUGAGGAAAAAAGUCAGAUUUGCAGGAAAAAAAAGUACAGUUUUAAGAAGAAACAAAAGACUGAUAUGUUCUCAGAACUGAGUUAAAAAGUCAGAAUUCUGAGGAAAAGUGAUAAAUCGCAAUUCAGAAAUGCUAGAUAAAAACCAGCAAUUUUUUUUUCUUGCAAAUGGAAGUUUGUAUCUCACAAUUCUGCUUUUUUUGCUUUUUUACCUCAGAAUUUUGAUAUAGUCUUGCAAUUGCCUUUUUCUUGCAAUUCUGACUUUUUGUGAACUCGCAAUUGCGAGUUAUAAAGUCAAGAGCUGUAAGAUUAUAGAGCUGCAAGACAAUCCAGAGAAAAAAGUCAGAAUUGAGAGAAAAUAAGUCAGAAUUGUUAGAUUCUGUUAGAUUCAGAAUUGUUAAACUCGCGUUUGCAAGAAAAAAGUUGAAAUUCUGACUUUAUUUCUUGCAGUUGUGAUAUUAUAUUACAAUUCUGAGAAAAAAAACUGGACUUUAUAACUCGCAAUUCUGACUUGAGGAGAAAGAAAAGACUGAUAUGUUCUCAGAAUUGUUAGUUUAUGUCUCGCAAUUCUGACUUUAUAACUGGCAGUUGUGAGUUUAUAUUGUGCAAUUCUAAAAAAAAAGUCAAAAUUGUGAGAUAAAAAGUCACAAUUACCUUUUUUUUGUUCAGUUGCAGAAACAGGCUUCCAUUGGCUGGAGAUUACAGACAUUAUGUACCAAUGUGGAAAAAAAAAAAGAGAACACCUCUGUUUAGAUGAUGAUUGUUUGGUGUUAUAUGGUGGAAAGUGCACAAAUAUAGAACACAAAACAAUAGAAAUAGUCUCUAUACUAUAAAACACACCACUCUGUUCAAGCUGACGUGUCAUUUGCUCAAUUAAAUUUGAAUAUGAUGGCAGUCAAGAAAUCUUGUGCUUGUUUACCCACCUAAAACAAAAUAAUAAAAUGAUCACAACACACAAAUUGGGGAGUAUAAUAAUGCAGGUAACAUACACAGGGCUAUGUAUAUACAGUACGAACUGUGCUUAGCAUUUUAUUAGCUUUAAUCAGUCUUUGUGUUAGAUAUUCACAAGUCUAAUGUCUUCACUACAGUGCCAAACACUGUAUUUAGCUGGUAGCCCAAGAACCUUCAUACUUGGAGGGCGUUUUUGAUAACUAUAGGUUAUAUAUUUAAAAGUAAUAAUAUGUUCAAGCUAAAAAGAAAAAUCUUUGGUCACAGUAUCUUGUUGUUUAAUUGGAGCACAGUACCUGCAUAUUCUUGUAGCAUAACACAAAUGCAUCAUUAUACCUUGAGAAAGUGCAAUUGAUUUAUAUUGUGCAAUAUUACAUUUUAUACAAUUUCUACCCACAGUGCAUUUACAAUAAAGAA